UGUUGGGAAACCAGGAAUGCGGCAGUGGUUUCGGUUUCCGGCCGGCCGGACGGACGGAGCUACGCUAGGCUCCUCUGCUCCCCCAAAACAUCUCGUCUCCUUCCUUCCUCCUCACCUCGCACUCCCCACUCUGCCGCUGCUACUACUGCUGCUCGUCUAGCUACGCCCCCACCCCGGCGGCCGCAGCUGAGGAAGAGAAAAGGAACCUCCUCUUCUCUUGUCUCUUCGUCUCGCGCUUCCAUGGAUCGCCUCGGUUCUCGACGGCCCCUAAUGCCGACCAGCUGCCGCGAUUCGAUCUGCGCAACCGUCAUGGCUUCGGCGGCGCUCGAUUCGAUCUGCGCAACCGUCAUGUCCUUCAACCGUCAUGCCUGAGCUACUUUCCUCCUCCGUUGCUCUUCUUCCUCAAAUUCUCUCUGCUUGUAACUGAAUCUGAACCAAGAGUUGCAGAUCUGAACCUAUUUGGUGUGUUGCCACUAGGUCUGAUCGUAACACGGCGGCGGUAGCGCUCGUGCCCAUCUCGCGGCCGACACCGUCGCUCGUCUUCCUCCUGGAGCGAGCGCCGCCACCGCUGCCGACCGCCCCAGCCCCCUCGCUCCUCCUCCUCGCGCGAGCGCAAGGUAGGGCGGCCGCCCUACCGGGUCCUCCGCCCUUGUUCAGCCGAUGGCAGGAGCAGCGCGGCCGAGGAUCCCCUUCUUGUGGGUCCUCAUGUUCCUCUUCUCGCUGCUUCUGCCACUGCCGUCGGUGGCGCCGACCGCCGCCGAUUUCAGCCACUGCGGCGGCUGCGACGACGGCGACGGCGCCCUCUGGAGCACGGAGAGCAUCCUGCAAUGCCAGAAAGUGAGCGACUUCCUCAUCGCCGCCGCCUACUUCUCCAUCCCGCUGGAGCUGCUCUACUUCACCACCUGCUCCGACCUCUUCCCCCUCAAAUGGAUCUUCCUGCAGUUCGGCGCCUUCAUCGUGCUCUGCGGCCUCACCCACCUCAUCGCGGUCUUCACCUACGAGCCCCAUUCCUUCCACGUCGUCCUCGCCCUUACCGUUGCCAAGUUCUUGACCGCCCUCGUCUCCUUCGCCACGGCCAUCACGCUGCUCACGCUCAUACCCCAGCUGCUCAGGGUCAAGGUCAGGGAGAACUUCCUUAGGAUCAAGGCACGGGAGCUGGACCAGGAGGUGGGGAAGAUGAAGAGGCAAGAGGAGGCCAGCUGGCAUGUGCGGAUGCUCACCCAAGAGAUUCGCAAGUCGCUUGACAGGCACACCAUCCUCUACACCACCAUGGUUGAGCUCUCCAAGACGCUCGAGCUGCAGAACUGUGCUGUGUGGAUGCCUAAUGAGAGCAGGACAGAGAUGAUCUUGACACAUCAUUUGAGAGAGAGGGAGAUCACAGAGUCACACAGCGGCUCCAUUCCAAUCGGUGACCCGGACGUGGUUCAAAUCAAGGCAACAAGGGGUGCCAUAGUUCUCGGGGAAGACUCGGCGCUUGGGAUCGCAAGCAGGUGCAAUCCUCAAGCAGGGGCUGCUGUUGCUGCGAUACGGAUGCCGAUGUUGAGGGUGUCCAAUUUCAAAGGAGGCACUCCAGAAGUGAUGCAAACGAGUUAUGCUAUUCUGGUUUUGGUUUUACCCGAGGAUGGUUCGCUGGGGUGGGGUGAACAGGAGUUGGAGAUUGUUGAAGUAAUCGCUGAUCAAGUGGCAGUCGCCCUGUCACAUGCUGCAGUUCUGGAGGAGUCUCAGUUGAUGCGAGAGAAACUUGCCCAGCAACAUAGAGACUUGCUGCGGGCAAAGCAUGAAGCUAUGAUGGCAACUGAAGCUAGGAAUUCCUUUCAGAGUGCCAUGUAUGACGGAAUGCGUAGACCAAUGCACUCAAUCCUUGGGCUUGUCUCAAUGAUGCAACAAGAAAGUAUGAAUCCUGAGCAAAGGCUUGUAAUGGAUGCCAUUGUCAAGACGAGUAGUGUUGCCUCGACAUUGAUGAAUGAUGUCAUGCAAACAUCAACGAUGAACCGUGAGCAUUUAUCUCUGGUGAGGAGGCCAUUCAGUCUCCAUUCCUUGAUCAAGGAAGCAGUCAGUGUUGUAAGAUGUUUAUCUGGUGCCAAGGGAGUUGAUUUUGAAUUUCAAGUUGAUAAUUCUUUGCCUGAAAGGGUUGUUGGUGAUGAGAAAAGGGUUUUCCACAUUGUGUUGCACAUGGUAGGUACUCUAAUACACCAGUGUAGUGCAGGCUGCCUCUCUUUACAUGUGAAUAGUUACAAUGAUAUGGAAGAGAGGCAUAAUCAGGAUUGGAUGCUGCAAAGAGCAAACUUGUCUGCGGGCUAUGUAUGUGUGAAGUUUAUGAUUAGGAUUAGAAAAUCUGAAGACAACCUUUUGGGCUCAUCAUCCAGCAAAAUAAGUCAAGAACCCAAUGCUAGCAGUUCGGAGAUGGGACUCAGCUUCAACAUGUGCAAGAAGAUUGUGCAGAUGAUGAAUGGUAAUAUUUGGUCAAUAUCAGAUUCAAAAGGUCUCAGAGAAACUGUCAUGCUCGCUCUGCAGUUCCAGGUGCAACAUGUGACCCCUGUCUCUGGAGCAUCCUCGGACCUAUACCGGUCAUCACCAAUUCCCAACUUUAACGGACUGCAUGUCCUUCUUGUGGACGGUGAUGACACCAACCGAGCCGUUACUCACAAGCUCCUGGAGAAGCUUGGCUGCCGAGUCUUCUCGGUUAGUUCCGGCAUCCAAUGCAUGAGCUCCUUUGCUGGUGGCGAGUCCUCCUUCCAGCUGGUGAUCGUUGACCUAACCAUGCAUACGAUGGAUGGAUUUGAAGUAGCUCUCGCAAUCCGGAAGUUCAGGCACAACAGCUGGCCGCCGCUGAUUGUUGCCCUUGCAGCAAGCGCUGAUGACAGUGUCCGGGAUCAAUGUCAGCGGUCAGGAAUAAACGGUCUGCUCCAGAAACCAGUUACGUUAGCAGCUCUGGGGGAUGAACUGUAUAGAGUCCUUCAGCACAAUUGAAAGAGCAUGAUGGUUCCCAUUUCUUUCAAUCUUAAUAGAUUGUCGUAGCUUGAUUAAUAGUUAUUUUGCCCACUAGUUUCUGCCAGGUUAGGUCCAUACAAAUCACAAAAAAAAACAUUUGCACAAAAGGAAAUGUACAGGAGGAUGAAAACCGCCUUGCCUUUUGCUUGGUUCCUUCGGUGAAGGAAGGUUGGAGAUUUUGAAGAGAUCAAAGAUCAUAAAGUUAGAAUUUUAGGCUUAUUCAUUUGUAAACCCUCUUAGAUUAGUGAUCAUUUAUGAGGUGAAUCAUCCAGGCCUCCCAAGGCAGCCAGCAUGGGGAAGUUCAGGUUCAUGAACUAGCACACUAAGACGCUGGUUUGGUCUAAAUCCAAGGGGCUGUUGAUUUGGUAGCUGCACUUUUCAGAUGAAUUCAGUGAAUGCAACAAGUAGCUCACUGUGCUAUU